UGUUCUUGAUAUAGGCACACAGUACGCCUCUUCAGGAUCCUGAGUUGCGGCUUGAUGAAAAGAAGCUGAUUCUCAGCAAUAGCGUAUGCAAGGAGCCUGUUAAAUCUAUACCUUGGAGAUUAAUUUUGUCAAAAUCUCCUGUGUGGGCCCUUAUAAUUUCUCACUUCUGUCACAAUUGGGGAACAUUUAUUCUUCUAACAUGGAUGCCUACAUAUUAUCACCAGGUGUUGAAGUUUAAUCUUACUGAAUCUGGAAUGUGUUCGGUCUUGCCUUGGCUUACCAUGGCCUUCUCGGCAAACGUUGGUGGGUGGAUUGCUGAUUCUUUGGUGAGCAAAGGUGUAUCUGUCACCAUUGUUAGAAAGAUAAUGCAGACGAUUGGAUUUCUUGGCCCUGCAUUUUUCCUGACUCAGUUAAACCAUGUUGAUUCUCCUGCAAUGGCAGUUUUGUGUAUGGCCUGCAGUCAGGUCUGUGAAUACCAUACAAUGAAUCAAACAUUAAUUAUUAUCUAUCUUUUUACAUUGGAGGACUUGGGAUUCGAUCCUUCUUCCGAAACCAAGUUCGUGGUAACAGCUGAGACAGGGCUUCUGGAAAAAUUGACAUUCUUGCAAACCAGAGGAGAUGUAUUGAGACGUUGCACCGAGUCAAUAGUUGUGAACGGUUUAGGACUUGGAUUGGCCCUUCUGAGUGGUAUUGUAAUAUUAACAGCAGUUUUACCAAAGCAUGAAGCUCCACACUUUAAGAUGAUGUACACAAACAACAAAUGCUUGUCUUCUCAGUAA